AUGGCUUCUUCUACUCUACCGCUGCACAUGUAUGUUAGACCUCUGAUCAUUGAGGAUACUAAACAAGUGGCAGAUCUCGAAGCUCAGGGUUUCCCCACAAACGAACGCGCCCCUUUAGAGACUGUUGACUAUAGACUCACCGCCUGUCCAGAACUAUGUUCUGGUUUGUUCAUUAGAGAGUUCAAUGGCAAGGAAGUGAAAGCGGAGAAAUUGGUAGGACAUAUCCUUGGAACCAAGAUUCCUAAAUCAAGCAACAAUUCCUCGACAUUUAUUACUUUGGAAAGCAUGGGAAAGGCCCACAGUGAGUCAAGUGACACCAUUGGCAUCCAUUCUGUGGUCAUUUCGAAGAAUUACCAGAGGAAAAACCUUGCUACUUUGCUUUUAACCGAUUAUAUCCAAAAACUAAGUAACCAGGAAGUGGGCAAGAGGAUAGCCAUUAUCGCACAUGAACCAUUGAUCCCCUUCUAUGAAAGAGUUGGUUUCAAAGUGGUCGGUGAAAAUAAGGAUGUUGUCAAGGACCCUCAGUUUGCCAAUACUAAAUGGAUCGAUAUGGUCAGGGAACUGGUCAAGGAAGAAUAUGAGAAUUAG